AUGCAGCUGUCCACUCACCUUCUCCUGUCGCUUCUGAGCGUCUAUGCCUCAUGUUGGCCCUAUGAUGAAUCACUCGCUGAGUACAAUCUCAACGAUAACAAAUCCGCUGAAGCCGCAACCGAUUAUUGGGGAGCGUGGCCAGACCAUGAGUAUCAUCCUUCACCAGACAACUGGCGUUUCCCUAUCUAUACCAUUUUUCUGGACCGAAUUUCCAAUGGUGACCCUACAAAUGACGAUAUCAAUGGUACCACUUUCGAGCAUGUGGUGGGCUCUAAUCAGAUGCGUCACGGCGGGGACCUCGAAGGCCUGAUAGAUACACUAGACUACAUCCACGGAAUGGGAUUCAAAGCCAUUUACUUCGCCGGCACGUAUCUAAUCAAUCUGCCUUGGGCUUACGAUGGUUACUCGCCGGCAGAUACCACCCUUCUCGACAUGCAUUACGGAAACUUAGACGACUGGAGACGAACUAUCACGGAAAUCCACAAGCGGAAUAUGUACGUGCUGGUGGACAAUACGCUGUCGACACUCAGCAACCUCAUCGGGUUCAAAGGCCACCUUAACGACUCUGCCGACUUCAAAGCAAGCGAAUACAAUGCCGAAUGGGUCUCACAGAGACAAUAUGCCGAUUUCAAAUUCGGGAACGAAUGGAAUGAAACAUGCCACUAUCCCAAAUUCUGGCAUGAGACGGGGUAUCCGUUGACAACCGGUGGGGUUGAAGAUCUGAAAGGCUGCUACAAUAGUGACUUUGAUCAAUACGGAGAGCUCGAGGCAUUUGGGAAAUUUCCUGACUGGCAGCGUCAGCUCACAAAGUUUGCCUCGGUUCAGGAUCGCCUACGUGAAUGGCACAAGCCCGUCCGCGACGCCAUCACACGGCACUCCUGCCUUCAAAUCGCAAGCCUGGAUAUCGACGGAUUCCGACUGGACAAGGCAGUCCAAGCGACGCUCGAACCUCUGAGUGAAAUGACCGCCAUCUACCGUGAAUGCGCGAAGAAAUUCGGCAAAAACAAUUUCUUUCUUCCUGGAGAGAUAACUUCUGGAGACACAUUUGGCAGCCUCUACCUUGGCCGCGGUCGGCAACCGAAUAUGCGCCCAUCUUCCACAGGUGCUGGUGUUAGGCUAACGAAUACCUCGGAUGGAGUUUUCAUGAGGGAAAAUGGGUUACAAGCACUAGAUGCCUCGGCAUUUCACUAUACAAUCUACCGUUCAAUGACACGCUUCUUGGGAAUGGACGGUAACCUUGUUGCGGGAUUUGACCUGCCUACCGAUUUCAUUGAAGCCUGGAAUGCAAUGCUUGUCACAAACGAUUUUCUUAAUGCAUUCACAGGAGAGCUGGAUCCCCGGCACAUGUAUGGCGUCUCUAACCAGGAUAAUUUCCGUUGGCCAUCAAUCAAGAAUGGCACAGAAAAGUAUCUUCUAGGCCUGAACAUUGUCACAUUGGUGCUUCCGGGGAUCCCUCUCAUCUUAUGGGGUGAAGAGCAGGCAAUGUAUGUGUUGGAUGCCACUGCAUCGAACUAUCUCUACGGCCGGCAGCCUUUGUCAUCUCAGACCGCAUGGUGGACAAAUGGAUGCUUCAACCUGAAUACGACAAAGUUCUACGACUUUCCUAUCGAGAAGGGACGCGAUGGCUGCAACGAUAUCACCAUCACAUAUGAUCAACGGAAUCCCGCCCAUCCACUUCGUAAUAUCAUGAAGCGAAUGUUCGAGAUCCGGAACCAUUACCCGGUUGCAAACGAUGGUUUCUACCUUGAGACUAUCUCCCAACUCACGGAAGAUAUCUACUUUCCUGGCUCAUCCACCACUCCCACUGUCACUGGUCUAUGGUCAGUCUUGCGAAGCUACUUUCCCGGGGUCCAGACAGACACAAUCUCGGGAAACCAAACCCUAUGGCUCGUGUACCAAAAUGGAAACACGACAAAAACCUUUGGCGGCAGCUGCAGUAACAAGACUAGUGCCUUAUUGUCUCCAUUUGAGUCAGGAACAAAGUUGAAAAAUCUUUUCUACCCUUAUGAUGAGCUCACCCUGGAAGAUGGUCCCGAUAAUAGUACCUAUGGAUGCGUCCGCCGAAUGAAGUUGCUUCCAUGGGAAUAUCGGGCUUAUGUGCAAACCGACAGUUUCAUGGAGCCCGGACCUAGCGUCACCGAGUUCCUCCCCGGCCAUGAUGCUCGGUUGUUAUCUUCACAGGAUGCGGCUGACACCAUCCCCAUCCAGCUUGGAUAUUCUAAAGCAAUGGAUUGUGACAGCAUUACUGAUGCAAUUUCCUUGAAUUCCACGACGGAGAAAGGCAUUGUCGCCUCUCUUGAUACAUCCAGCGUUAAGUGCACCAAUAUAACUACUAGGACCACCGGGAACAAUUUUAUCGGAGAGAUCCCGACCGCUUGGAUAUGGACUGCAAACCUGAACAACGUCUAUCACGGUAUCCAUAGACUAACCGUCGCGAACGUCUCCACGUCUGGUUUUUAUACCAAUUCGACCGACAGCUUUCUGCUCCGCGUCGGUGUUCAGGACAAUCCUCUAGUGUCCCCCAUGUCCAAUUACUCUACCAGCCUAGUGCACAAAUCCGACGGCAAAUUUUACAUCCAGCACAAAGCCGCUGGAGCUGACAGCUUCCGGCAUUCAUCUGAUUUCGGGAGGACCUGGUCUAAAUGGAUGCUGUAUUCGGGCGGUAACACGACUGUUCCCAUUCACACUUUCGCCGGAACAGACAAGCAGACCUGGAAAGGAACGCACAUCCGCGUGCAAUACUUUUCGAGGCUCACUGGAAGCAGCGAUUACAUCCAAGAAGGUGAUUACAACUGGAACGAAAAUGCAGCUCGAAGGUUCCCUCAUUUGUGGUUCAACGGUCCGUUCAAUCAGUAUGGUUACGACGCGGGUCUGGACAAUAAAAUGCAAUUCGACGUCAAAUCUUCACGCUGGAAUUACGACUUCGUCCAUGAUUGGCCGGCUGUGGGACAGAUAAAUGUCUGGGGUGUGGGCCCUAGGGGUAUUCCGGACAACACGGAGGUCUACGGUGACGUGGGAAACUCGUCCACAAUUCUAGAGCUACCUCCAUCUUACCUCUCGCUUAACGUGAUAAACAUCACCAACUUGCCUCCAUUCCCAUGUCUUGGCUACAAAAUCUCCCUUAACGAUGGCAACCUGAGAUAUGAGCUCAUUCCAAUUGGAUCUGGGUGGUCCCAGCUCGCGCUCUACAUCCUUCUCUGGCUUAUUCCAAUCCUAAUGGGUCUAGCUGGUGUCUUUAUCUUUAUUCAAACGUUCUACCAAGUCAAGCUGAACAAAGAUGGAAGUGUGGUCAAGCCCAAUAAACCACCGGUUCUGUUUUGGCAUAGAGUCAAGGACAAGAUUUACCGGCAGGUUGACGCGGUGAAACUGGUUUCAGAAAAGGUUGCGCCAACAGAUAUUGCAGAACCUAGCGGCCACAGACGCACAGUUCUGAUUGCUACCAUGGAGUACGACAUCCAGGACUGGGAUCUUAAAGUCAAGAUUGGUGGCCUAGGAGUCAUGGCCCAGCUUAUGUCCUCAAACCUAAAACACCAGAAUCUCAUCUGGGUGGUGCCAUGUGUCGGUGAUAUCGAUUACCCGGUUGACACACCCGGUGAACCCUUCAUGGUGACGAUCCUAGGCAAGCGCUACUUGGUGAAAGUGCAGUACCACAUCGUCGAAAACAUCACCUAUGUCCUACUCGAUGCUCCGGUUUUCCGACAACAGACUAAAGCGGAGCCAUAUCCAGCCCGGAUGGAUGACCUUGAAAGCGCAAUCUACUACUCAGCCUGGAAUCAGUGCAUCGCGGAGACAAUGAAGCGAGCACCCGCUAUCGAUGUAUACCACAUCAAUGAUUUCCAUGGGUGCGUAGCACCACUGUACCUGCUACCAACGCGAACUAUCCCAGUUUGCCUGUCUUUGCACAAUGCCGAAUUCCAAGGUCUCUGGCCACUAAGAACUCAGAAAGAGAAGAAGGAAGUAUGUGCUAUCUUCAAUCUUCCACUCGAAAUAGCGACCGAUUACUGCCAAUUUGGGAAUGUCUUCAAUCUGCUCCACGCCGGCGCUAGCUAUUUAGGAUCCCAUCAGCGCGGCUUCGGUAUAGUAGGUGUAUCUCAAAAGUACGGAAUGCGCUCUUGGGCUCGGUAUCCAAUCUUCUGGAAUCUCAGCAGCAUCGGCAGUCUUCCCAAUCCAGAUCCCUCUGACACUGCCGCCCUAGAGCAAGAUCCCAUCGUGCACGUUCCGACUCAAUCAGAUUCGGAGCUUAUCCGUGAUAAGCUUCAGGCACAGAAAUGGGCUGGACUGAGCGAGCAGCCUAACGCCGACUUGCUAGUUUUUGUGGGACGAUGGUCAAAGCAGAAGGGAAUAGACCUGAUUGCGGAUGUAAUACCUGGAAUUUUGUCGGCCAAUCCUUUGGUACAAGUGAUCUGUGUUGGCCCCAUUGUUGAUCUUUAUGGCAAACUGGCUGCUAUCAAGCUGGAGCGCGUCAUGGAAAUGUACCCAGGCCGUGUUUUCUCGAGGCCAGAGUUCACAAUGCUCCCUCCCCAUGUUUUCUCCGGUGCCGAUUUUGCCUUGAUCCCAUCUCGGGAUGAGCCGUUUGGUUUGGUUGCCGUUGAGUUCGGUCGGAAGGGUGCUCUUGGGAUCGGUUCCCGCAUUGGAGGCCUUGGGCUUAUGCCUGGCUGGUGGUAUAAUGUGGAGUCAGAUUCAACUCGCCAUCUCUUGCUACAGCUGAAGUCUGCCAUCGAGUCUGCCUUGGGAUCAUCUCCAGAGAUUCGGCAGGAGAUGCGUGCAAAUUCAGUCAAGCAAAGGUUCCCCGUUCUCAAGUGGGUUGAAAAGCUCGAAACGUUGCAGCGAACAGCAAUCCACAUCCAUCACACCGAAAAGAAAAACAGGGUCUCUGUCUCCGUGCGAGAGUCUCAGACCUAUUCCAAUGUGGAGGGACUUUAUUCCUCGACCGCCCCCCGCGCAGUAUCGAACCAGCCUAUCGCGGGGGUUUUGGAUACGCCACAAGGAGAAUCACCCCCUCCUCUAUUAGAGCUACAAACAGCCAACCUCGAAGAGGUGAAGAAUGCUGGCGGUGAUAAGAAUAGCAUUCUGGGUCGCAUAAUGUCCUUCGGUCGACGACCCAGGCCUGAACAGAGCAAAAGCCGUCUUGCCAAGAACCCCGUGCGCGAGAGUCAGAUGUUUGAACAUCCAGUCGAUUCUCGUAUCGGCGUAGAUAGCACAAACAUGCCGCCGGAGAACUACGUCUCUCCCGAGGAGGCGAUAGCGGCAGUGAGUCAGGCUCUCGGCUCCCAGGGUAUCAGCACAUUCCCCGGUGACGGCAGGAGUCACUCUGGCGGUGGCUCCAGCUCAUUAACCCCAAAGUCAUCGUGCUUUGUCUCUGGGGAUCCUUCUCCGGCGAGAACACCAUUUGAACCUGCUGAUGAUCCCCACUAUGGUAAAGCUGAGCCCAACAUCCACGUGGACCCAACCUUUACUGACAGUAUGGGCCACUUCACGCAACACUUUCAGAAGUCACUCCCCAAUCUCAACAAGAAGAACUCGAUAACGGAUCACUGUAUCGAGACCUACUUGAUGAAAAGUGAAAGAAAGUUCUUCAAUAUGUAUAGCGACGCGCAGUUGAGGAAGCAGCCCAAAGAGCGCCGGGGCACCCUGAUUGAAGCCGGCUUGAAUGAUGCUUCUAACGAUACGUCGGAUAACCAAGCCUCUGCUCUGUCAGACUCAAAUAGAUCUCAUGACAUCGAUCAAUGGCUCUCGCGCCUGGGAUACAAGAGACCUAUCGCUAUUCAGAGAUUCAUGCGAUGGCGUGUCGGGAACUGGCCUGUUUACGCAUUGUUCUUGGGUCUUGGACAAAUCAUUGCAACGAAUUCAGCCCAGAUCACCCUUCUGGUAGGUCAAAUCGGUGAAACUGCGGUCAAGCUCUACGUUAUUGCCGCUGUCUACGGUGUCUCUUCCAUUGUUUGGUGGUUCCUAUUUUACCGCUUCCCGUCCGUCAUAGUUCUCACUGUGCCGUGGUUCAUAUACGCCAUGGCAUUCGUCAUCCUUGGUAUUUCACCCUUCGGCCUCUCGACUCGGCUCCCUUUUUUCGCCCUUAACUUUGGUGACCAAGGGGCUGUCCCCGUGAAGGAUUGGAUGUUUCGCGCUAGUUUUAUACAAGGCAUUCAACAACUUUAUACUGUUGCCUUGUGGUUUUGGAGUUCUAGAGUCACUUCUGUGGAAGUUGGAGGCAUUUCAAAAGCUGCCAUAAGUACAUGGAAACUCACAGCUGUGAUGAUGCCUGUUGCUGCAAUUUGUUUCAUUGUGGGCGUCCUCCUUGUUCUCGGCUUGCCAAAAUACUAUCGCCAAGCGCCCGGAAAGACCCCCUUCUUCGACAUUUCGCUGUUCCGCCGACGCAUUGUCCUCUGGUUCUUCUUCAUGGUCAUCAUCCAAAACUGGUUCCUCUCCGCGGUGUUUGGUCGAAAUUGGUCAUUCCUUUGGUCCUCUCAACACGCCAAGUCAUGGCAGGUCCUUAUCUUGGUGAUCUUCUUCUUUAUCUUUGUUUGGACUCUUGCACUAUUCAUCUUCCGCGUCUUGUCCAAAGAACAUAGUUGGAUUCUUCCCGUCUUCGGUCUAAGUCUCGGUGCACCACGCUGGGCGCAAACAUGGUGGGGAGUAUCUAACAUCGGCUACUAUCUGCCAUGGGCUGGGAGUCUGACUUCCGGAGCCCUCGUAUCACGAUGUCUCUGGCUCUGGCUUGGUGUUCUUGCUGAGAUUCAACAAGUGGGUCUUGGGAUGAUUCUCUUGCAGACGCUAACAAGGGUUCACGUCUGCUUUGUCCUAUUAGCUGCGCAGUCUCUUGGGUCCAUCGCUACAAUUUGUGCCCGUGCAUUUGCACCCAACAAAGUUGGUCCAGCAGGUGUCUCUCCGGAUGUUGGAUCAUCCCUGGAUAGAGUUGGUAAUGCAUGGUUCUGGAUUGCCCUUUUCUUCCAAAUCCUAGCUAGCUUUGGUUUCCUUCUAUUUUACCGACGAGAGCAGCUUAACAGGCCAUGA